CAUGGAGCCGCACACUGAACGUGCCAGCCGGCUUUGCAGCUCCUCAGCGCAGGGCACGGGGAGGUGGGCCCUUGGAGUGCCUUGGAGUUUGAGGCAGCGCCUGAUUGGGAGACGAGGUGGAGAUUCCUCAGGAGCCCGGUGCAUCAAUGAGCUGCUGCAGGAAGGCAGUGCAGGGCUCGGCGCACUCGGGCAUGAGGACAGCUGGUGACCGCUGUCCGAUAAAGCAGGACGGAGAUGGACAGAACCCUGGAGUCUUUGCAGCUGGUGAUUGCCCGAGUUCUGCCGCACAGAGACCCUGCCCUGGUAUUUAAGGACUUGAAUGUUGUAGCAAUAUUGCAAGAGUUCUGGGAAAGCAAACAGAAGAAGAAGGCCAUACUUCCAAGUGAAGGCAUCAUUGUCUAUGAGUCACUGAGCAGCCUGGGCCCACCAUUUGUGAGUUACGUUACCUUGCCUGGAGGAAGUUGUUUCGGUAACUUUCAGAGCUGUUUAAGCAGAGCAGAGGCAAGGCGAGAUGCUGCAAAAGUGGCUCUGAUCAACUCUCUCUUCAAUGAACUGCCCUGCCGCAGAAUCACAAAGGAAUUCAUCAUGGAAAGUGUUCAGGAGGCUGUUUCCUCAACAAGUGGCAACCUAAAGGAUGCUGAUGACCCCAGCACUAGUAUUGGAGCUUAUCAUUACAUGCUAGAGUCAAACAUUGGAAAGACAAUGCUGGAAUUUCAGGAGCUGAUGAUUGUCUUUCAGCUUCUGCAUUGGAAUGGAAGCCUUAAAGCCCUACGGGAAACAAAGUGCUCCAGGCAGGAAGUAAUUUCCUACUACUCCCAGUGUUCCUUAGAUGAAAAGAUGAGAAGUCACAUGGCCUUGGACUGGAUUAUGAAGGAGCAAGAAUCUCCAGGAAUUAUUUCGCAAGAGCUUCAAGUGGCACUGAGGGAACUGGAAGAAGUCAGGAAAGCUGGACAUGAACUGAGGUUCUACAAAGAAAAGAAAGAAAUACUUAGCUUAGCACUGAGUCAGAUCUACAGCAAUAAAGUUACCACUUCCUCGUGGGACGAUCAAAUGAGCUUGGCCCUACAUGGCUACCGCUAACUUUGAAGAAGGCAUUUUAACAUGCCAGUCUAUGUUAAAAAUACUGUGUAAGUUGUUAGCAUUCUUUUUUAUAGAUGUUUUAAUUUCUUUAUCUAAAAGCACAGAUGUCUUUUUUUUUUUUUUUUUUUUUUUAAAUUUUUAUUUCAGUGACUAGAAAUAUUCUUCAGUUCAAGCUAAAGUUGCCACGAAACAUUUUGUGUAGCACUGGUACUAAGGUAUGUGUAAACCUAAAUGAAGACAAAGUGGAGAAAGCUUUUAUGGUACUCUGAAGAUUGAAUUUGAUGCGGUAACCUGGCUUUUGAUUUGCACUUGAAGACUAAAUCUUAUUUGAUGAAGACAUAAAAAUUGUCAUCACAAACCUGCAGACUGUCAGCAGUAAAAGACAAAAAGGUUAGUUCUAAGCUGCACUGGUGCCUGGUUACUCCCAGACUUCUUCACAGCACGUGUUUCUUCCUAUCAGGUGCUGUUGCUGAAGUUCAUUCUGUUUUUCAAAGGAUAUAAAGAACCUUUCAAGCAAAAAACCAAACCAAAUCAAAACAAACAAACAAACAAACAACAACAAAAAAAAAAACAACAAAAAAACAACGUGCAUGAUUAAACUAGUAAUCCAGAUUAAAGGUGUGCUUUACCUCUGCUGCAGUCAGCAAGAUUUCCCAAAUCUAUGCAAACAUAAAGAUGAGCAGAAAUUAUUCACUGGCCAUGCUCUGUCAAGUAUGGCUAACAAAUUCUGUGUAAUAAAAGUCUUUUAGUUAGAUUUUAUGUACUUUUUCAAAGGGAAUUUAAUUGCUUGCACUUCAACAGAUGCCUACUGAGGUUCAAGUUCUUUUCUUUCCCCAUGCUCUUUGUCAGCACAAUUCCACUACUAGAAGCCACUGUCCCUAGAGCAAAGUCAGUAGCAUAAGCCUGCAUGAGGCACACACUCAUAAUAACCAGCGUAACCAUUUUAGCUGAUGAUGGCAGCAGGAAGGUGUUAAGCUACUAGUCAAUGAACUUGGACACACUUCUCCAUAGUUCUGUUUCCUCAUAGUUUCUGCCAGAAGAAUGGGCACCUAGCAUAGCUGUAGUUGAAAUCAACUCAGUAACCUCAGUAGUAUCUCAGCAUCAGUACAGUUUGCUUUAGACAUAAUGCAUUUCUACAUAAAAGAGACACACAGUUCAGUUGGAGGAGAAACAGGCCUGGGAGAGAGAAUUCAUUUUAAUCCUUUGCAGAAGUGGGUUCCCAACAAUGUCACAUCUCAAAUUAAAAAACAAAACAAAACAACAACAACAACAACAAAAAAAAAACCAGAAGAAUAGGUCAGCAGUAAUAAUCGUGUCACAAAACCAUGAACACCACUGCUAGAGGCAGUUCCCUGGUGUGGGGUCAACCUUACUGCAGAGACAGACAACUGUGACCUGUAAAGAUUCUUUCACUGUAUAAGGAAAGGUGUGGGAUGGCUGUAUGGUAUAGAUGCCUGGUACAGUGUCGUAUGUAAAAUGUUUAAAACAGUCGACUAUAGAAAAAGUGCUGGAAAAACUUGGAUUGCUUUGAUUUUAGUUUGUUGAUCAGAUGAAGAAAUAAAUAAUCGCACUCCUGUGACUGAUA